AUGCAGACCUUGUCGCGCACUAGCCACGCCACGGCGAUUGCGCUUGCUGCGCGCGCGCUCGCGCGCGCGUCGACGAGAACGCUGGCCGCGGGCCUGCGAUCGCCAACCGCCCGCGCGCUAACGCUCGGCGCGACCCCCGCCGCGAUGCGCGUCCGCAUCGCGCCGCGGCCGCGAUCCGUCUCCCGCGCGGCCGCACGAGGGCAGGAUGCGCCCGUACCAGCGAUCGGCGCCGCGCGCACGCGCCGCUUCGCGUGGCCCCGCUACUUCGCCCGGCGGCCGCAUACGCGGCGCCCGGCCCGCCGCCCCGGCCGCACCCGCACGCGCCGCGACCGCGCGCGCGAUCGCCCGCUGCGCUCGCCGCAGUCACGCCGCCGCCGCGCGCCCGCGCGCGCCGCGCUCCGCGUUGUCGCACCGCGCCGCCGGAUCGCCCUACGCGACGGCCGCCGCGCCCCGCACGGCCGAAGCGCGCACGGCGCAGGCGCAUGCGUGCGUGUUCCCGCGGUAGCGAUCGCCCCGCCGCGACCGCCGGUCCGCGCCGCCGUUCCCGCGCCCCGGCACUCGCCCGGCGCGCGCUCGCCCGCCGCCGCGAUCGCGUAG